AUGGGUAUUCCGGGUCUUUUCAAAAGGCUUUAUAUACGUUAUCCUCAUAUAGUUGAUGCAACGAAAAAAAAAAUAACUCCAAAAAGUAAUAAAGCCGAUUUUUUAUAUUUAGAUAUUAAUGCUCUAUUUCAUAUUGCAUUAUCUAAAAAUCAAUCAAGAAAACCAAAAAAUCCGCGUCAAAUGUUAUCAAGAGUAUUUCAUGAAAUGGAUUUUACUAUAGAGAAAUGUAAGCCACAGCUUGUUUACAUUGCAAUGGAUGGUGUUGCACCAAGGGCUAAGAUGAAUGAACAGAGAUCACGAAGAUAUAUUUAUCAAAAUGAUAACUUCAAUAUACAUAACCAAAUUAGAAACAGUAACGGUGGUAGCGGUGAUAACAUAAAAAAUAGUGAAAAUUUAGGAUUUUUUGUCCCAAUAGAUUCCGUUUCAAUUUCAGCAGGAACAGAUUUUAUGGCUGCAGCAAAUGAAGCAAUUAGAUAUUAUAUAUAUCAACGUUUGAAUUGGAAGUAUAAAACACUUCAAAUAAUAUUUAAUGAUUCUAAAGUACCAGGUGAGGGUGAACACAAAAUUUUUAGAUAUUUGAAUACACAAUGUACACAUCCUGGUUACAAUUCAAGGAAUCGACAUGUUGUAUGUGGAAGUGAUGCAGAUUUUAUAAUGUACGCAUUGUUAACCAAUGAACCUAACAUACGUAUAUUACGAACAGGAGUUGUUGGUGAUAGUGUAAUGGUGAACAUUCACAAGCUACGCCGACACAUUAUUGUUGAUAUGUUAAAUAAUAAUAACCCUAAUAAAGUUUCAAUACAUGAUGGAGGGGUUGAUGAGAAUAAUUUAAUUGAUGAUUUUGUAUUUCUUGUCAGUCUACUUGGAAAUGAUUUUAUGCCAAGAUUGAAGCAUAUUGGUGAGGCAUCUGUUGAUCUAUUGUUUCAAGCUUAUAGUACAUAUUUUGAUAUGGCUAAUGGCUCUUACAUCACAAAUAAAAGACAAAAACAACAACCGAUAAUCGAUUUCAACAGAUUACAUCAAUUCUUUGAGUGUUUGGAAUUUAUUAUCAAUUCCAAUCCAUUAAGAAGAAGAAGUAGCCGAAUGUCAGAUAAUCUUGAUCUUGACGAAGCAACACUCUCAAAUCGAGCCAAUGACUACGUAAAAACAAUGUGUUGGUCAUUUCUAUAUUAUAAUGGAGAUUGUCCCAGUUGGAGAUUUUUUUAUCCUUAUCACAAAUCACCUACCAUUCGAGAAAUUUUGAAAUAUGUGAAUCCUAGCGAAUUCAAACCAAAAUUCACUCCAGAUUGCCCAAUGAAUCCAUUUGAGCAAUUAGUUUGCAUCAUACCACCAUCAAGUAACUAUCUUCUACCUGAAUCUUUACGUGACCUGCUUACAAAUCCCGAGUCACCUCUGAAGGAUUUUUUCCCGAAAACAUAUCAAACAAAACGUAAUGGUGCCGCAAUCUUGCCAUUUAUUGAAGAGGAAAUUCUGUUAGAUUCUGUGAAACAGAGAUAUCAAUACAUUGAUAAGAAUGAAUUAGAGAAAAAUUCAUUAGACGGAAAAGUUCAUAUUUUUUCUGGUAGUAAAUCGACAACUUAUCCAAUAAUAUAUUCACUUUGUAGAAGUUUAGACAAUAGAUUUACAAUCCUUGAUAAUUCCAUAAUUUAUGGCAAGUUGAAUCAUGGUGGAGACAUGCUUAGAACAAUAAAAACACCAGUUGAUGGAUGGAACCAAAUAUAUCAUAAUUCAGUAGCAUUUGCUGAAUACAAUUUACCAAAUCAAGCCACAGUUUUCUCUCAUGAUUUAAUAAAGUCUCUACAAUAA